AAAAUUGACAGUUUUUUGAACACACUUUAAUAUCAUUGGUUUAAAUUUUUCCGGAACAUUACUCAAAAACGUUAUGUUAAGAACACACUUUUAUUUUUAUGUGUAUUCUAUUUCUAUAAUCAAAUAAAUAUUUAUUUUUUGUCAAAUUUAUUAACUUUUAAAUAUAAAUUUAUGAUUUUUUACAUUUAUAAUAGGACAUGCAAAUAAUUGUUUUUGCGGCAAUAUUACCAGAUGGCUAUGAACCCAAAUUUUUAACUGUAGUCACUCUGUAGUUGCUCCUGUUUUGUAUGUGAAUACUGAAUGUUGACAUUCAACAUGGCGGCAUGUCGUCAGUGCUGUGCUGUGUCGUGCUUGUGUAAUUGUUAGUUUAGGACACUUUUGAAACCAAGGCUCACUGUAAAUUCCAUAAUUAAAUGCUGAAGAAAGAAACGCUAACAUAGAAAUAUUGGAACAACACAAUCACACUCAGCACGCAUUGAAGACAUCUGAGGAUUUCAAGUCAACAUUUAUCUUUUAAAUCUCCUAUGUUUUUUGAUUUACUCCUUUUAUAAAGGAUGACUGCUGUUUAAAAGGAACACAGUUAUUCUAGUGUACGCUAUAUUGAGUAAAUAUCAAACAGUUGUUAUAACACGUGCAUACGUAUGUGGAAAGUAUCAAUGGUCUAUGAUGUGCUAAGAAUUUUGUACUUGUAUUAAUUCAUAAAUCAACAUUAACUAUAUUGUUCAUUUGUAUAUUGUGUACACAAGCUUUGUGAGAAAGAGUUAGGUGAGCUAUAAAGUGACCGUGAUUGUGAUUGCGGCUGAGAUUGUGCUGCUCUUGACUAAUAAAACAUUUGUAUUUGUAUUUGAAGAGUGCCAAUUUUGCACAGAGUUGCCUGGGUACUCUUUUAUAAAUAAUUUAUGACAAACGUCAAAAUAUUUUCAAAUCCUUCCUUCCACUUCUUGGUCACAAAGAAGCCUGCAUUUCUGCAGCAUUUUUAAGAGCCUCUCUUCCUCUGUAUUAAGUUCUUGUAACAUUAUAAUAGUGAACGAAGAUAUAAGGUACCAAGAACCAUUCUGUGAUAUCUAUGUUAACACUUAAAUAAUUGAAAAGACUAAAAAUUUCUAAAUAUAAGUAUAUAUAUAUAUAUAUAUAUAUAUAAAUAUAUAUAUAUUGUGGUGAAACAGAAGUGAACAUAAAAAAGAAAUUAAGUAAUUAUUUCAAGAAAAGAGGAAAACUUAUACGUAAAGAUUACAUUUAAAAUUGUGCAAAUUUGAGACAAUGUCCAACAAUCCUCAGUGGAAAACGUUCCAGCCGCCAAUCAUGAACUCUGACCCUGCAAUACUUGAUUACAAGUCUAUGACUAUACCAAGUCCUAAAGUUAUAACAGGAUCACAUCAACCAACAACUAAUAUCUACAGAAAUGGUACCAAUUAUAGUGGAGAUCAUUAUAUGAUGGAUUCACCUCCUGGAAAUGGAAAAAACACAAUACAAUAUGCUGGUUAUCCCAACACUAAGAUGUCACGUAAUGAAGUUACCAGAUUUCCUUUUGGAACAUUUACAGGAAUGGAAGGAAGCACUGGUUAUACAGAAGAACCAACAACAAAUAACUCCACUUAUCAGGAUCAAUCUGAAAAUCAAGGAACUCGAGAAACUGGAAUAAUUGAAAAAUUAUUGCAUUCAUAUGGAUUUAUACAAUGCUGUGAAAGACAAGCAAGAUUGUUCUUUCAUUUUAGCCAAUUUAGUGGUAAUAUAGAACAUUUAAAAAUUGGAGAUCCUGUUGAAUUUGAAAUGACUUAUGAUCGUCGGACAGGCAAACCUAUUGCUAGUACUGUUAGUAAGAUUGCUCCAGAGGUGGUGCUAAGUGAAGAAAGAGUUACUGGAAAUGUAACAACAGAAUUGCAUACAAGUGGUGAUACACAAGGUCGUAUUAGUUAUGAAAAUCGUGGAGAAUGUUUUUUUCUGCCAUAUACAAAAGAUGAUGUUGAAGGAAAUGUUACUUUGCGUGCUGGUGAUAAAGUGUCAUUUCAAAUUGCUACUAAUCAACGUGGAAAUUUAGGUGCAUGUCAUGUAAGAUUGGAAAAUCCAGUACAUCCAGUUCGCUAUCGUGGAGUUGUAUGCUCAAUGAAAGAAAAUUUCGGCUUCAUUGAACGUGCUGACGUAGUUAAAGAGAUUUUCUUUCACUUUAGCGAAGCUAAGUCUAUGAAAGAAGAACUUAGACUGGGAGAUGAUGUUGAAUUUAUAAUACAAACUCGAAAUGGAAAAGAAGUAGCUUGUAAUAUUACUAAGCUACCACCUGGGUCAAUAGUCUUUGAAGAAGUUAGUAAUAAAAUAGUAACAGGACAAGUAUUGAAACCUCUGGAAAGAGGUACUGCAGCUCGUCAUCAAAAUGAUCCUUUACCUGGAAGAAUUCGGUACAGAGAUACAGAACAUUCUUCAGAUACAGUUGAAAUUCCUUUUGGUGACAAGGAUCAAAAAGGAGAUUUUACUCUUAGACAUGGGGACUGGGUCAAAUUUCGUAUUGCUACAGAUACUAGAGAUCAACUCAAGAGAGCUACUGAAAUAUUAUUAUUACCUGAAUCUUUUAAUGUAUCCGGUGAAAAACGAGAACAAGGCAUUAUAGCUGCAUUAAAAGAUGGAUUUGGUUUUAUUCGUUGUGUAGAUCGAGAUACACGACUUUUCUUUCAUUUUAACGAAGUUUUGGAUGUUGAUAGAGAAAUUAGUGUAGGGGAUGAAGUUGAAUUCACAGUAAUUCAAGAUCCUUCUUCCUCAUUUUCAAACAAUCGACAAAGUGCAAUUAGAUUAAAGCACUUACCGGCUGGCACAGUUCAAUUUGAAACAAUUAUAGAAAAAGAUUUAUUGGGUACUAUAAUUCAGGGUAUAAAUGGCGUUGUGCCUGGUCUAAUUGGAUACACAAAAGAAAAUCAACAAAAAAGCGUUAUUUUCUUUAAUAAAGAUUGUGAUCCUAAGAAUAUCCCAAGACUUGGUGAUAAGGUUCAAUUUAGUAUCUGUCAAGUAAAACGAAAUAAAGAACUUGUUGCUGUCGACAUAUCUCUAAUGAACUCUUCCGGUGAAAAAACUCAAAAUAGCAACAAAAAACUAAAUGGACAAGUUUGUCAAGGUUUUAUUGCUGCACUUAAAGAUGGAUUUGGUUUUAUUGAAACUGUAAAUCAUGAUAAAGAAAUAUUUUUUCACUUCAGCAAUUUUGAAGGGGAUGUUAAUGCUUUAGAAGUAGGAGCUGAUAUUGAAUGUACGAUCAGUUCUGGAAAUGGUAGAGGUAAUGGUGGUUGUGUAGCCGCGGAUUACGUUAAAUUGGUACCUCGUGGAAGCAUUCCUAGGCCAACACCAGUUAGUGAAGUGCUUGAUGGAACAGUUAUUAGACCUUUACGAAGUGCAAAUCCUGACCAGGCAGAGUAUGCUGGCUUAAUAAAAAUAAAUGCUACUAAUGAAGAUGAAGAUACUCCGGAAUAUGAAUUCAGAAUUAUGGGACUUGUCAAUAAACGUGAGCUGUUACAAGCUGGUGAUCCUGUACAAUUACAGGUGGAUUCAGCAGGUCAUGCUUGUAAUAUCGUAGCAGUUAGAAAAAAAAGAAGAGCAACAGUUGAUGCAGUAAAAGGCCCUUUUGGUUUUCUUGCAUAUGAAGUUGAUGAGGGUAAGAAAUUAUUUUUCCACAUGAGUGAAGUUCGAGAUCAUGCAAUACUUCAACCAGGAGAUCAGGUUGAAUUCGUUUUAAUUACGAAUCAACGUACUGGUAAAUCAUCUGCAUGCAAUGUAACACGAUUAAGUGAUGCCGUUCAACAACGACCUGAACGUUUAAUCAGUCGAUUGCGUACUACAUCUUUGGAAGAUACAGGUCCUAAAUUAACUAUAGUUAGGCAACCAAGAGGGCCAGAUGGCACACGUGGAUUUAGUCAAGAAAGAUCACAGCAUACUCCUGGUGCUAUCCAAGAGUAAUGUUGUAUUGAAAGGAUUAUUGCUUAUCCAAAUUGUAAUCUACAUUACUUGUUUUUAGUCCAUACACUUCGGUACCGAGAUUAUUAUUAUUAUAAGCAUCGUAAACAUUUGCCAAAUUGAGACUAAUGUGACAACAAUAAUAACAUUGAUAAUCGAUUGGAUCAUGAUCUUGUUGAGAAAAAAAAUAUAAACUAAAAAAACAACGAGUCAUUUUAUCAUCUUAUAAAAUAUGAAGAUAAUCAGGAAGGCAGUUUGUCUGAACUACUUCAAUUUCUUUAAAAAAUUUACUGAUUUUUUUUUUUUUUGAACAUGUAAUAGACUUUUAUAUAAUUAUAAACAAUGAUUAUGAAAUAUCAUUAGAACUUCUAAUUAUUACACAUUUUCUUUCCAAUAAAAAUUGUAAAAAUAUUUCAUCAUUCAAAUAAUUUAACAUUGAACUGUUUGACAAUCUGCCUGUUUGUAAUGUUCAAAGAUAAUGUCCCGUCUAUCUUUAUAAAAAUAUACGUACAUGUUGAUAAAAUCUUUAUUUAUAUUAUUUUAUUUAGAAUAUUUGUUUUACCUGCAACAUAUAUCGCAAUCAAUUGAAAUAACAUAUAAUAAUAAAAAAAAAUCAGUGUCAUAUGCACUACAGCAUAUAUGAUAACAUUGAUUGGCCAUAUAAUCAAAAAAGAAGAAAACUGCAUUCAUAUUAUUUAAAAUUUAUGAAUUUUAUAGUCCAAGAAGCAGACAUGUGUUCUACUAUAUAAAUUAUUGUAACAUGUUACUCUGUUGAAAAAAUGUCUAUGAAUUUGUAAAAAGUUACAACUGGCCAAUUGUUUGUCCUAGAUAAUAUAUAACAUAUAAAUAUAUAUACAUGUCGUUAAGUUCCUGAUGCAGUCUCGUGUUAAAAUAUAAAAUCAAAUUAGUAUUAUGGAUUCAGUCGAUAUAUACAAGAGAAUUAUAAGAAGUACUUAUGUGAAAAGUAAAAAAAAAUUGCAUUUUAUAAGUUUUGCCAUCAAAAACAACAAGCGAGGUACACGUGGCAUUAUAGAAAAUAGAUGAAAGAAGUAAAAUAAUGAUGUGCAUUAAUGCAAGCACGAUACAAACUAAUGUUUGUUCGAAAAUUUGUGGAUCCAACACAUCAUGUGCAUACAUAUUGUAAAAUUAUUAAUGAAUAAACAGUGAAAAUAUCAAA